AUGCCGAAAAAAAAUACAAAUUCUAAUAGGAAAGGAAUGAAUUAUAAUAUCAACUCCCAAGAGGAAAGAAAACAGAUUAUGGAGUUAAAGAGAUAAGGAAAGAAGGCCAGGGAGAUAGCAACCAUUAUGAACAAAAAAUAAAAAUCUGUGGAAUCUGUUACUAGUGAAGAGAGGAAGUCUGAAUACAAAGAGUUUAAAUAGGCAAUGAUUUCAUAUGGAUUAAGGAUUUUUAAGGAUAAAGUUAUAUAUGAUGUAAUAAAAAUUAGUAUAUUAGAAUAUCAAAAAAUUAACGAAAAAAGUCCGAGUUUCCAUCAAUCAAAUUCUGUCAUCAAAAAAGAAUAAUGAAUUCAGAUUAUUGAUACCUAAAGGUCGAAAAUGUUCUAGUCAACGCAGAGUUAAGGAGACAAUAGUUAAUACUAUAGUUUUCGCUUUACUAUCAAAAUAGAAUUGUCCUGACAAUGAGACAUCAGCUAUUUAGAAUCAGAAAGAGGAAGAAAUUCUGUGUAUCUAAGAAAAUUUAGAAAUAAAUAAAACAUAUUAAAAUUCUAACGUCUCUGAAGAAUCUUUAGAAGAUCAACUGUACGAUGAUCCAGACGAUUAUUUGAUCAUUGAUCCCAUCACUCCUUUCCAUUUAGGUUUGAAGUAAGAAACUGUAAGCUUCUUUUAAAGUUACCAAAGAGUUAAUUAGGUCAAUCAAAUUGAAGACUUGUCAACAAAUUAUGCAAAUUCUUUCCAGAUGUUUAAGUAAUCUGUUGAAUUGCCUUCAUAUAAUGAAACAAAUGACAAAUAAUUGAGCUCUUAUUGA